ACGCAGUCUCUUUCCCCGGCCACAAAACAACCGUGAGUGUCCAACUCACUGUUCUUGAAAAACUUAAAAUAAAAAUAAAAUAAAAAAUAUAAAAUCUACAAAACCUUCAUAAAAACAAGUACCGUAAUAUUAAAAGAAAAAAAACAAACGUUCAUUAAAAAAAAUAGCAAAAAACACGAAUUCAAAAAAACACUUGAAACAGGAGGCCUUGGGUUUAACCCGAAGUUGGCGUCUUUUAAGGAAGAAAUACUACAGGAGAUAUCGCUUUUUAUCGUGAUUUUUCAGCUUUGCCGUUUUUCCGAGCAGGCUGGAGCACACAGCCAGCUGUCAGUGUCUUUAUUAGGUGAAGCGCAGUUUGGACCCGGACUACAGUUCAUACCGGCAUUUUUCUCACGCUUUUUUUUCUUUGAGGGAAAAAGGAAGCUAAUACAAUUAGUGAAGUCCGAGAUAUGAACACAGCAGCGACGGGGAGUUAUCCGAUGGCUUCUCUCUACGUUGGCGACCUGCACCCCGACAUCACGGAGGCUAUGCUGUAUGAGAAAUUCAGCCCAGCCGGACCGGUGCUCUCCAUUCGGGUAUGCCGAGACAUGAUCACUCGGCGAUCCCUGGGAUACGCUUAUGUGAACUUUUCCCAGCCUGCUGACGCUGAGAGAGCCCUGGACACUAUGAACUUUGACGUGGUGAAGGGAAAGCCAAUCAGGAUCAUGUGGUCCCAAAGAGACCCCUCCCUCAGGAAGUCUGGAGUGGGCAACGUGUUCAUCAAAAACCUUGACAAGUCUAUCGACAACAAAGCUCUGUAUGACACCUUCUCUGCCUUUGGAAACAUCCUCUCCUGCAAGGUGGUGUGUGAUGAAAAUGGCUCCAAGGGCUAUGCUUUUGUCCACUUUGAGACCCAGGAUGCUGCUGACCGUGCCAUUGAAAAGAUGAACGGCAUGCUUCUGAAUGACCGCAAGGUGUUUGUGGGUCGUUUCAAAUCUCGCAAAGAACGGGAGGCUGAACUUGGUGCCAAAGCUAAAGAGUUUACCAAUGUUUAUAUCAAGAACUUUGGCGAUGAUAUGGAUGAUGAGCGACUGAAGGAGCUGUUCGACAAAUAUGGUAAAACACUCAGUGUAAAAGUGAUGACAGACCCCACCGGCAAAUCAAGAGGCUUUGGAUUUGUGAGCUACGAGAAACAUGAGGACGCCAACAAGGCUGUAGAGGAUAUGAAUGGCACAGAGCUCAAUGGCAAGACUGUGUUUGUGGGCCGGGCUCAGAAGAAGAUGGAGCGGCAGGCAGAGCUGAAGAGGAAGUUUGAAAUGCUCAAACAAGAGAGGAUCAGUCGUUAUCAGGGUGUUAAUCUUUACAUCAAAAACCUGGAUGACACCAUAGACGAUGAGAAACUGCGCAAAGAAUUCUCUCCAUUCGGAUCCAUUACAAGUGCUAAGGUGAUGCUCGAGGAGGGUCGUUCCAAAGGCUUCGGUUUUGUCUGCUUCUCCUCGCCUGAAGAGGCCACCAAGGCUGUGACUGAGAUGAAUGGGCGCAUUGUCGGCUCUAAACCCCUCUACGUGGCUCUGGCUCAGCGCAAAGAGGAGCGCAAAGCACAUCUGACCAACCAGUACAUGCAGCGUAUUGCUGGAAUGAGAGCCAUGCCUGCAAAUGCCAUUAUUAAUCAAUUCCAGCCAACCAGCGGCUACUUCAUGCCAGCUGUACCACAGGCCCAGAAUAGGACUACAUAUUAUGCACCCAAUCAGCUGGCCCAAAUGAGACCCAACCCCAGGUGGCAGCAACAAGGUGGCAGAGGUCAAGGAGGUUUCCAAGGCAUACCCAGCUCACUGCGUCAGCCAGGACCCCGUGCCAACCUGAGGCAUAUGUCUCCUGGCAGUGGCACACAGGGACCCCGAGCUGCUGGUCAGGCCAUGGCUCCUCGCCCCUCUAUGGGAGUUCCUGGAGGCCCUCGUGCCAUGCCUCCUUACAAGUACGCAACUGGCGUACGAAACCCAAACCCCCAAGUUGUACAACCUAUCGCUUUACAGCAGACUCAGCCAGCUGUGCACGUUCAAGGCCAGGAGCCUCUAACAGCUUCCAUGCUUGCUGCUGCACCCCCUCAGGAACAGAAGCAGAUGUUAGGUGAGCGUCUUUUCCCGCUGAUUCAGGCCAUGCAUGCCAACCUGGCAGGAAAGAUCACUGGCAUGCUGCUGGAGAUUGAUAACUCAGAACUGCUGCACAUGCUGGAGUCUCAUGAAUCUUUGCGGUCAAAGGUGGAAGAAGCUGUCGCCGUGCUACAAGCCCACCAGGCAAAGAAAGAUGCUACUCAAAAAGUGGGCGGCAUGGCUACUACUGCUGCCACAUCCUGAAAAGUGUUUUUUAGGCAGAACUGAGCAGAAAGUGGGCAAGAGUUACGACAGAGACUCCAGGCACCUGACUCCUCUAAACAUCUGUGCAAAAAUAAAAUAAAAAAAAAAAGAAAAUGUCAUUUUAAAAUGUACUUGAACAUUUUGAAAAAUGUUACAGUUAAAAAUUUUCUAAUUAUUUAAUUCUUUUAACAGCUGUCUAAAAGCAAUAAAGCUGACAAAGUUUGAAUGAAGGCAUUUCAUUCUGCAGCAAAGGAGAGAAACCUUUUUCUAAAAGGAAAACGAGCCUUGUUCUUUUUUCUUUGCUUGACAGUUUUAGGUUUGAUUUGAAAUGACAGGCUCCUCCAUCCUAUCAUGUUAUCAUGGGUGUGUGGUAUUCUCAAUAAAGGGAUGAUACUUCAAGUUUA